AUGACGCAAAAAAUCGGCGCGGCUGCCCGACAUGCGGCCGGACCUGCUGUGAAAAUCACGGCGGUCAAUCCCGCGACCGGUCCCUCGGCAAUUCAAGGGGCUGAGGACGGCAGGAAUGCACUGCCGGGUCUUUUCAAAACGUUCGAAGACCAUGUUCUUGAACAUCGCGGCGUCGACGCCGUCAUCAUCGCCUGUUUUGACGACACCGGGCUUUGGGAAUUGAAGCGCAAGAGCCCGGUACCUGUCCUAGGUAUCGGCGAAGCGGCCUAUCAUGCUGCCAGCCUGUAUGCAGAGCGGUUUUCCGUUGUCACGACACUACCGGUUUCCGUGCCGGUUCUGGAAAAGAACCUCGAUCUCAUCGGCCUUGCCAGGCGGUGCGCAAAGGUUCGUGCUUCCAAUGUACCUGUCUUGGAGCUGGAAGACCCUGAAAGCCCGGCGCGUCAUCGGAUUGAAGCGGAAAUCAAUCUGGCGAUCAAGGAAGAUGACGUUGGUGCAAUUGCUCUCGGUUGCGCGGGCAUGGCUGAUCUUGCCGCAGACCUUUCAAGACAAUUCGAAAUUCCUGUUAUCGACGGAGUUGCCGCUGCAACUCGGUUUGCAGAGCAACUGGUCAGCUAG